GUUGCUGCAGCCUGUGUGCCCUGAGCCAAGGUUCUACAGUGUCUCUUUCCAGGUCCCCAAGCACGGAUUCCCUGGCUGUCCCAGGGACAAUGCGGCAUUAACACAACGGGGGAUCAGUCUCUGCUCAAAAAGUUCCAAUAUGAGGAAGAAGAGGCUCACAACUGAGCCUCCAGAUAUAACAGAAGAUGCAUUUGAAGAUUAUUUAGCGACAGAUGAUAUGCUUGUGAACUACUUUAAUGAAUUCUUGAGUCUUCCAACCUUUGCAGAGCCAGUUAAGUUUAACCCUGAUUUUGACGUUUUUGAAGUAGUUAAUGAUACCCCACAAUGUCUGGAAAACCAGCUGAAAAAAAUUCUUCAUGAUCAGAAACCUCCCAGUCCCAUUUAUGAUGUUACAAGGAAGGCAAAGAACGAUGGGCAGCUUUCCAAAAAGAGCAGCAUUUUUCCAGUCUUCAGUGUUGACCCAAAUUACAGUAUUAUGUGUCUUGAGCGAGAACAGGGAAUUCAGUGGAUUAAGCAAGAAAGACUCCCAGCCUUUCUAAAAAGUGAUUGUUACUUUGAAUACAGGUUAGCUAAACUGCUUUCGCAGGUAGAAUGGAGCCGAACUGGUAUUAACUUCAUUAUAGAUACAACAUAUUAUCCCUGGAUUAUGAAAAGAGAGCUGACACCUCCUUUGCCUGAGGAGGGUGAAGAGGAAUUAAUUAUGAGAAAGUUCUAUGUUUCACUUGGCCAGGCUACAGUUACUCAGACAAAGGAUUGGUUUACACUAGCCAAAAAAAGUCAGCAAACAACAACUACAGAUACAGUUACUUAUCCUUUAGUUUCCACUCAAAUUCAAGGCACACGGUAUUGGUCUACAGGCCCUCAGAGAACUGUUGCAUACAACCACAGUGUCAGUCCAGAUUCCAUUCCUUUUCAAGGCACAUGUAAUUUUUCUGCUCAGUCUUACACAGCUGAUUUAUACAACAGUAGCAGCAGUAAUCUAGGAGUGGAUUCCCUGGCUAUGGAAUACAGUCAAAGGAGUCUCCCCCUCCUACAGAGGACAGGAACUUCAAAAACUAGCAAUGUUAGUGGGAGAUCCAAAAGUACAGAGCUUUACACUUCUGUAUCCAUUGCUGACACUCCUUCCCAUACUAUGUUAAGAGUAUAUCUAGACCAGAAAUGGGAGAAUGGUGCUGAGGAGAAAGAAAAUCUGGAAUUCGAUGGUAGACCGGAAAUGCCAGCUUUUCAAACAUUAGAAGAGUUUACAUCAGCUUAUAUUCAGUAUAUAGUGAGUGAAUCAAUCUCAAAACUGACGGGACAACCGGCUGCUAAGAGCAAGACUGAUAUGAACUUCAGUAAACUGUCCAAUGUAUUUAUACAUGAGUUAUCAAAUAAUCAACUUUCUGCUACUGCUGCAGAGCCACUUACUUCCCAAAGUGUCUCUCCAUCCAACAAGUUAGACUCCAAAGGACAUUGCAUAAAACAGGAGACUGAAGAAGUGAGUUCAAGUUCAAGGUCUGAAAGUGAUGUCACAGACAGUCGGGCUGCCUGGUGUACCAGUCACAGAGCUUAUGAUAUUGGCAACAGAAAUGAAUUUGAAAGAUUCAAGAAGUUCAUAAAAGGAACUUUGGGUGAAAGGUACUGGUGGCUCUGGAUGGACAUUGAAAGAUUAAAGGUCCUUAAGGACACUAGAAGGCAGCAAAGACAGCUUGAUAAAAUGAAAAAACUCUAUCUCGUGAGCAGUGGAGAUUAUUUUCUCAACUCAGAAGUCUUAUUCAAACUGGACCUGCUACUUGGAGACCAGUGGAAUACAAGACACCUAAAAUGGAUUCAGCCUGAAGUAGUGAAACCUUUACUUCUUUACUGGGGUCCCAGAUUUUGUGUCACUCAUACAGCUGCAAUACAAACUGCCAGUGCAAAGUUGAAGCAGUGGCACACCUCUCACGAGAGACCAAGGACAGAUAUUGAUCCUUACCCACAAAUGGUGACAUUGUUGCCACUGCGAGCUAAAUCUUGUAUUCCAAGGUUAGCACCUUCCCAUCCUCAGAGAAAUGAAACCAGCUCACCCACAACCUUAUUAAAAACAAAUGUGAUGAAUUUAUCUUCUAAGAGAGCUACCAGAUUAUUGUCAGCUACCCUGCCACGAAGUGAAACCAUCAUACGGGAUGAUUUCUACAGUGUAACCAGUAAACCUGAUGUUAGUAGAAACAGGCCAAAAUCAGUGGGAAGCAACAUGACUCGUCUCUCAGCUGUUACUGAGGAUACAAAACGCCUGAAGUCCCAGACAGAUAGAAAAUACACCUAUGCUGAGUUGCUCCCAGGUAAAAGUCCUACAGAGAGUGUUGUCCUAGGGGGUUCUAAAAUGGAAUGCAUGCUGCAGUCUCUUUAUGUGGAGAACAGAGCAGGCUACUUCUUCACACGCUUCUGUGAGAAGUCAGGGAAUGAGCUGUGGAAGAACAGUGCGUACUUUUGGUUUGACCUACAGGCUUAUCAUCAACUUUUCUACCAAGAAACCCUUCAGCCUUUUAAACUAUGCAAGCAAGCUCAAUUCCUUUAUGCCACUUACAUUGCUCCUUCUGCCAGCAUGGAUAUUGGACUGCAACAGGAUAAGAAAAAUGAGAUUUAUCAGAAAAUUGAGCCACCUUAUGAGGAUCUUUUUGACCCAGCAGAAGAAUAUAUCCUCACCCUUCUGCUGGUACCAUGGAUGAAAAUGGUGGAAGUAGACAAAUGCAUUUAUGGAAAGGUGGAGCUGGUGGAAGAAAGUCGACAGCUGGACUCAGCGUACUUUAGAAAGCUACAGUCUUUGCAUCAAGAGAGUGUUUCCAAGAAGGAUGAGAGUGUUGCUCCUGAAGUCAGUCCCCUACCUCAGGCUGAUGUUCUCCGAGAAGCACAGCUCUUAAGUGAAGUCCCUGAGGAAUACAGAGGUUGUAGCCUUCACGACCUGAUCCGCAACGGACUGGAGUUAGAACAGUUCCGACUCUUUCUUGAAGAGCAUUCUGCAGUCAUGGAUCUCAUGUGCUGGAUAGAUAUUGAACAAUUCAGAAGGAUGCUCCAUAAGGAAAAAGAAAAAAGAGAGGAAAAAUCUAAAGAUAUUAAGAACAAGUACCUAAAUAAAAAAUACUUCUUUGGACCCAAUAGUCCAGCUACAAAAGAACAACAAGACCAGCUAAUGCAGUCAGGUGGAGGCUGGGGACGCAUACUUCAUGAUCGACUUUCCGCAGCAGUUCUGCUAGAAAUUCAAAAAUAUGUCCAGAUGAGGCUAGAAAAAAAGUGGCUGCCAUUGUUCCUGGCAAAAGAACAAUCUGGGGCACGUAGAAAAACAAAGCCACAGAUAAGGGACAUAGCUGAAGAUCUCCUAAUCCAGAGAAAUGAGAAGAAGAUUGGGUCUUGGAAGUGGACUUAUUGGGACAAGCUGUUCAUUCCAGCAUCUGGUAGUUUAUUUAUUAUUGAGAGUGGAUUACAUGCAGACACAAAAGAGAAUGUGAAGUAUGCAGCAGAAUGGCAUGUGGACAAUAAGUGGGUUUCUUCAUCUAGAGAAAUAAUCAUGUUCCGUAAAGCGCUGCUGAAUCCAGUAACAGCAUUACAGUUUCAGCGCUUUGUGUCUUUGAAAGGAGAUUUACUGGAGAAUGGAGUGCUCUUCUGGCAAGAGGUUCAGAAAUAUAAGGAUUUGUGCCAUUCUCACUGUGAUGAUGCCACUAUCCAGAAUAAGAUCACAGCUAUCAUCAACUGCUUUAUUAAUUCCACCAUCCCACCAGCUCUGCAAAUUGACAUCCCACCGGAGCAAGCUCAGAAGAUUAUAGAGCACAGGAGAGAACUAGGGCCAUAUGUAUUUAGAGAGGCACAGAUGACUAUUUUUGCUCUUCUGUUUAAAUUUUGGCCAAAAUUUUGUGAAUUUAGAAGCAAUUUGGCAGAUGAGAAAAUUUUGCCUACUUUGGAGCGAAAAAAGGAAAAGAAGAGACAAAAAGUGAAAAGAAAAACAACAGAGGAAAGAAUCGCACUCGUAAAGCAAGUGAAAAAAGUUGUCAGCUUAUCAGACAGUAUUUCUGCAGAUCAGACCAGUGUGGGUAGAAGAAGACCUUCAUCUGUAACUGGAUAUGGACGACAGGUUUCCUGGUCUUAUUCCAAGUACAUAGAAGCCCUCGAGCAGGAAAGAGUACUCCUUAAAAUACAAGAAGAUCUGGAGAAAAGGACAUCAUUAUUUUCUACAGGUAUCUCAUCCAUGACCUAUUUGAAGCCUGACUUCACUGCAAAUCCAGAGAAAUCCAUCACUUCAUCAAACACUAGUCUGAUUUGGGAGAAACAAUCCAAUCUUCCCAAAGACGUGGGAAGUGAGUCCCAAAUAGUUAAUAAUUUGCUUCUGUUUGUUAUUAAUUGUUGAAUUACAUCCUUGGAUUCUGAAAUUCUCAGAUUAUGACUCAGAGCUAGCUAGAGACUAACUCUGCCACUGCAGCUGAAACAGAAUAAAAAAGGGUAGAGGAGAGAAAAUGAAAGAGAUGUCAAAGGAAAAAACAGAUUUUGCUACAAUUUGAAUCCCCAGGUUAAGAGUCUCCUGGGUUCCUUCAGGCUAGGCUGAACCUAUGGUGCCUCUCUUGAAUUUUUUUUUAAAUUGAUGCAGUCUAGAAUUACUGUAAUGUCUAUGGAAACAUGCCUCCAUUCCCUCUCAGGCCUUGUCUACACUAUGGGGGGAGAUCGAUCUAAGUUACACAACUUCAGCUAUGUGAAUAACGUAGCUGAAGUCGACAUACUUAGAUCUACUUACCACGGGGUCCACCCUACGCUAUGUCAACAGCAGACACUUCUCCCACCUCGUUCAGGUGAAGUACAGGAGUUGAUGGGAGAGCGAUCUGCGGUCGAUUUAGCGGGUCUUCACUAGACCCGCUAAAUUGACCGCCUGUGCAUUGAUCGCUGCACGUCAAUAUCCUGGUAAGUGUAAACAAGCCCUCAGUUUCCCCUUCAUCUUUUAUUGCUUUCUUUCAAUUUUCCUGCUUUAGGCAAGGUGGACUCGACCCUUCCCUAUUGCUAGUGCACUUCGCAGUGCCUGGAUGGGCCCUUCUUGAGGUAACACCUUUUGUCUGUGACCAGCAGAAGGAGCAAUAUGCAACAGGCUAGGUUUUCUUCAUCACUGUUUCAAAUUCUUUCUUUCUUUCCCAUGGUUUUUCAGCCUGUUCAACUCCUCCCCUCAUGACUCUGUCCUCCUUUAUGCUCUCUAAAUCACUCCCACACCUUUGGUUCCUCAUUAUCAGUUCCCUUUUCUCUCUUCCUCUCAUCCCAUUUCCUUGCUACCUUCCGUUGCCCCACUAACUUCCUUAGUACUCCAUCUCUUUUCUUGUCCCUUCCUUUUCCCCACAAACAACCCAGGGUUUUGGCUGCCUUAGGAUGGCCCUGAGACUCUGACUGUGAUGUGAUUGUCUGCUCUUGUGACUGUGCCUGUGACACAGGAAUGCAGCUCACUCUUAGCACUGCUCCUCUCCUUCUUGUAUUACCAAAGAGCAGCACAUCUCAUUACUGCCUAGAUAUGAACUAAAGCCUCUUGAUAUCUUGGUGAUUACAAGUUCCAUCCCUUCCCCAUGGCUGCCGCCUUGCUAAUGGUAUUCUGUUACCCUUUGCAGGAGGAUUUAAAACCUAAGUGAAGAACAGAAUGCAGAAAUAAUGAAUUAUGGCGGCCUUGGGACGAGCUAGCAGUCAAAAUAAAUAAUGUGUGGUUUGGUUUGCACUCAUCUUUUCAGAGCACAGAUAAUCAGUUUGGAUACUAUAAGAGCCAACAGACGCUAGAAUCAAUAUAACAAAGGAAAGCCCUCCAACAUACUCCGUGGCAAUAUAUUGUUCUUAUUUACGCUGGGUGGUGCCUAGAAGCUGCAAUCAGGAUUAGGUCCAAUCACACAUAUAAACACACAGGUAGAUGUGGUUCCUGCCCCAAAGAUCUUACAACUGGAUUCAGCUUCUUCAGUGCCUGAGCUAGUGAAUAAGUGCUACACCAUCUUAAAUACAGCACAAUGCAUUUGCUAAAGGAUCCCUUUGCCUUUGAUUCUAUAAUUGUCAAGCAGGGUGGCUUCGUGCACUAUGACCCUGAUUCUGCCUUUACAUACUCGCAUGCAACUUCCAUUACUGACAAUGAUUCAUGAGAUUGUAGAGCUGUCAAAACCAAACCCUAGCCCUGUUGUUCAGUCAAUAUGAUUCCAAGCCACAAGGUUAGUGGCUUCUGCUGUAAAUGGGCAUAACCCAGGUAUGGGAACAGAAAUUCACUGAGUUUCAGUUUGUGGCGGUUCCUAGGAAUUAUACCAAUUAUAGGGUGGGGUUUUUCUCUCUCCACACCCAGUAGAAGAAGGCAAGGAUACAUGUGAAUCUGAGGGACCUGCCAGAGAGCAGGCUAUCCACUGUAACUCCACUGUAGCCCCCUACCAAGAACAUCCUUGCCCUCUGCUGUUCCUAGAGCCCCUCCCCAUAAAGGAUUCAUUCCACAGAGUGGUAGGCUGUGGGAAAUUAAUGCAGCAUGUGGGCUGCGGGGGGAAUUUGGAAGAGUCCAGCCAGCCCCUUUUUCGUAAGCUCAGGGAGCUGGAACCAUAUGGAGCUCUUAUGGAAGGGUUUCUGCGGAGUUGAGGGCAAAGAUGGAACAACCUCACUUUCGUGGGUUCAGGCCCACCCGUCACAUAUACACAGAACUUCCUAAAGUUCAGAUAGACUUUUGGUUCUAUUAUUUCUGCACUGUAUGCCUGAACAGCACACAUUGCAAUAGUUUGCAGCUAGCAGAGCAUAUGCAGUGGCAUGUGGCCGGCCUCUCAUUAAAGGGAAAGGCAAAAGAGAGUUGUGCCAUGCCACCAAGGCAGUGGCAUGUCUUAGUCUAAAAGUCAGUGAGUGACUCUACCUGUAUUCUGGGAAGUGUGUGGCAUGGUAUGAAAUGCUGCAGACUGAUGGUCUGUUUCUGAUUUGUUGUAUUCUCGCCUGCAUGGUAUUUUGAAACAGUUAAAUAGCAUGAAGACAAUGUUUAUCUUUCAUUAGUAGCUUUUUACUUGAGUCAUACUUGGAUUACUUAUUAAAUGAAGCCUAUUAUCCAGAUAUAUGUCACAGAUGAUAACACUCCACAUGAAUGUAUUUCAGCCUUGCAAUAUUGUCACGAACAUUUACCAGCCCACGCACAAAAACUACUCUCCCACCCAUUACCAUGACAAUGAUGAUGAAAAAAUUACCUUACUUGCCUAUUUAAAAAAAAUACUUCUCUCAGUCAGGGAUUAGAAUUUUGCAAGGCUGGUACAAUCCAUUCAUUGCUUUAUGAACCCAAAGGUCCCCCAGAGAGCAUCACACAGCAAUCACUCUAUAUCUAACCUAUCAGUCAUCCUCAAAAGAAACUUGCAUGACACUUUCAAAUGAUGAGCCUGGGAGUUUAAAUUCAUAAUUCUGCUAGACACUAAAAUCAUGGCCGGAACAGAGACACUGGAUUUAUGGCUUAUUACAACAAUCUGUAACCACUAACCCGCUCUUUUUGUCCUAUGACUCAGAGGAGUUAAUGGGUCACUCUACCUUUAAUGGUCGCUUACAAUAUGCAGUAACUAUUUAUGCUAAAUAAUCUGUUCCACUUUGCAUUUAGCUGGGACACUUGGAGUACCUUUCCCAGACCUGAAGAAGAGCUUUGUGUGGCUCAAAAGUGUGUCUCUCUCACCAACAGAAGUUGGUCCUAUAAAAGAUAUUACCUCGCCCACCUUGUCUCUCUGAUGUUCUUUAGUCCAUUUCACAUUUGAAUUUCUAUGUUAUAUAAAAAAAUCACAUGUGGCCAGUUUCCCGUUGAGUAUGCAUCUGAUGAGGGUCAUGUGUUAUUAAAACCACCAAAUAUAAGGAAUAUAUCAUCAUUUUUAUACAUCUGUUUUAGACAGAAGGUGGCUGGGUUGGGUGUAAAUUUGGGGGAAUGAGUGUCUGAGUGGACAGAGCUAAGUGAUAGAGCUCCUUUCAGCUCCAGGUUACUGGCUCUAAUCUUAUCCAAUAGUGACUGAAAUUUACCACCUAAUGGCUGUUUGGUGAUGUAUCUGAAAAGCACUGAUAGCUUUAGUCGAUCACCUAGUGUCAGGUAAUGGCAAUUACCAGUCUCAGCAGAGAGGCUGAGGAUUAAAUAGGUAUGGAGAUUAAAUUAUUUUCUGACCCAAGAAAUGGGAUUACUCUAGAUCACUACAAACGGGAAUGUCAGCACCGCCUUUGGCUUUCCCUGUUCUAUGGAUAAAUCAGCGCUAGGGCUGUUGAUCCAGCACUUUUCUUCAGCACUCAAUGCAGUAAAUAUUUUUUUUAAGAAGUAAAAAAGUUACAUUGUGUAUGUCUAAGAUCUCUCCCUUUUGUCAAACCACACUUCAUUUCCAUUAGCUUCAAUGGGUACCUUGGCUUUUAUCAAAUGUGCCUUUUAGAAAACUGUAGGGUUCUAGCAGAACAACAGUUUUGUAUGGAGUUUGUUGCUACAGCUUGAGGGAAAAACUCCUGUUAUUUGGCAAUAUGCAAUAUCAGAAACCAUUCCAAUCUGAUUGGUGAUUUAUCUGCUCUAGCGGUGGUGAAAACACAGAGUCUAAUUACACUUAUUUGAACAUAUACUUUUCUCGUUUAGUGCCAUGGGAUACAAUAUAUUUAGGCUUAGCAGAAUUUGUUUUUUAUUUUUUUAUCAUUUUGAAGGAUAAUAUCAUUAAGCCUUUUUUCCAAUGUUUAUCAACUGAAAUUUUCACAGCUGUGGCAAAUUUUGGGGUGGGUGGGUCAGGCAAUUAUUAUUUAAUGGCAGUAGACACAGAUUCAAAAACUUCAAGCUUCAGAGCUGUUAAAACACAAAUUGUAAACAUCACAGGUCAAAAUAUUCAAAGUAAAUAUCCUUAAAUCAAACUCUAAUAAGCUCUCAAGCAGCACUUUUCUGUGUCUCUCUGUAAAUUUCAAUUAUUAUUGAUGGAAAUAUGUAUCGAUGUUCACUGACAUUUACCAAUAAAAAAUUAAUCCUUCCAAGCCCAAAUAUAUUGAAACUGUUUGGAAUUUUCUUAACUGAUGUUUUGACUAUAUAGGUAUUUAUACUAAGUAUCUUUACCAUAUUACUUCACAUUUCUCCCAUCAAAUCUGGCAUUUUUUAUGAAAAUCAUUUGUAUUCUUUGCCUAGAGUGGACAGUUUAUUUUUAAAAGCCCAGCCAUGAAGUUAUUCAGUCAAAACUCCCCUUGAUUUCAAAAGAAGUUUUGACUGAAU